AUGGAGACGGGCGGGUGCCGCAUGGGCGGCUCGGGGCCGGGCGGCCCGGCCGCGAUCACGCUGGAGGAGCUGGACGCGCUGCCCGAGGAGAGCCCCGACUCGGCGUACCACAGCCACGGCAGCAGCCUGGAGGAGGAGGCGGCCGAGCGCAUGGACGACGAGGAGCAGGAGCGGCUGCUGAGCUACUGGCAGAGCGUGGGCCGGGGGCACCAGGUGGAUGUGCCCCGCGACAUGGCAGAGCCCAUCCAGCAGCUGACCAGGAAUAACAACCCCCAGGAGAGGCAGAGCAUCCCGUUCACGCUGAUCCAGCGCAAGGAGAAGCUGGGAGAUCUGCUCUAUGAGAAGAGGCAGUAUGGGAAAGCCAAGUGGGCUUGCAUCAAGAUGAAAGAGAAGCAGUACGAGCAGAGCAUCUGCCUUGGAUUCAUGAAGCUCAUGAGGUACAUCUGUGAGCAGAACUCCUCAGGGCUGUACCUGGGGAUCACCGUGCCCAUCGUGACCAUCGUGCACACCAACGAGGCGCAGUCAGCCAUGACACAGGCGGUGACAGUGGCCUAUUACCUGCCCGAGGUGCUGCAGGACGAGCCCCCACACCCCUUCGACUCUGACAUCAUCAUCGAGGAGUGGCCUGCCACCAUUGUCUACAGCAGGAGCUUCCGAGGCAUCACCAACGAGGAUUCCAUCAUGAGAGAGAUCAACCUGCUGGCAGCCAUCCUGGAGAGCCCCGAGCUGUGCCUGCAGGACACGUUCAUCAUCGCCGGCUACACCAACCCCGCGGCCGCCAACCGCCACAACGAGAUCUGGUUCCUGCAGCGGCCCUGA